CUCAUAAUUCCUUAGACAUCGAAGUCCAAACGUUUUUUUAUUUAAUGUACCAAUGACACUAGCACCAUAUAUACUAGUACCAUAUGUCUCAUAUGCGAGCCUUUCUCUCUCUCAGUCUCCCAAGACAAUAAUGACAAACGGCGGAUCUGAGAGUCCUGCGUCACUGAGAAAGCAAGACACCGAUACCUUCUCACACAAGAUACCGUCGACCAAACAACGCUUCUCCUCGCCGGCAUCAGCUUGUCCUUCCUUUAGAAUCUAUUACCACGAUGGAGCUGCCGGUUCCAUCCCUUUCGAAUGGGAAUCUCAUCCUGGUACUCCCAAACACCCCUCCUCCGAGCUGCCUCCGCCACUUCCUCUCACCCCUCCGCCGUCUCAUUUUUCCUUCUCCGGCGACCAAACCUGCCGUAGUUCAAAAAAACCCAUGAAGAAAAUCCUCGCACUAAUCCCCACCAGGCUCUUCUGGUUAUCACCAGGUGGUCACAAGAAUAAGGUCAAGAAACUGUCCGCUUCAUCAGAGUCUCUGUCGGAGAGAGUGCUGAUCGAUGAGAAUGAGUACCAUAUGUUCAAGUAUCAGACAAAAGGGAAGGUCAUAAAAAGAUUUUCAUCCUUUGACUCUUCUAUUGAUCACCACCCCACCACUCGCAGAUCACAAUCCACCUCUUGCUUCGGAAUUCGCAUCUGGUAAAUUCAUCAUUCAAAGUCUUGAAAAUAAAACUUUGGACAUUUUUAUAAAUGUUUGUUUCCUAAUAUAAUACGUCUGUAAUCCAUCGUGUUAUUGUAUUUAAUCAACCAUGUAAUAUUAGAUAAAGCUCCAACUAGUAUCAUGCUUUUUUUUCAUUUUGUUAUGUAAUAUUUUUGUUUUUUCAGUAAGAGAAUGAACAGCUACGUAUUUGAUCA